AACCAGCAAAUGCUUCUCUUCCUGCAACCACUAUUACUACUGUUUGCUACUCUUUCUUCCUUUCCAACUGGGCUGGUUAUUGCUUUUCCUCGAUCAUCCACACAUGCUGCUUCACAAAACAGCAACAAUCCACCUCAGUCGGCUGGAAACUUUCGUUUGGUAAAGGUUAUUCAUUCUGGACUAACCGACAAAAACGAACCGACAAUGUAUCAACACUCUCCUGGCUCUCUGAACAUGGCUUCUGCCUCUUCUACUUUUAAGCUUUCUAAAAAAACACAUACUCCUGAAUGGUCUCUUCUUUCUAAUCGAAAAACUCUUUCCAAACAGAAUCUACCAAAGUCCAAGAAUCCCAAGCUUAAUCUAAAAAAUCCUUCCACAGCAUCCCAUACAGCACAUGCCGGGCUCAAUGGAUUGUACUAUCAAUCUCAGAACAAUAUGGACGAUGCAUUUUCGAUCCCGAAACCCAUGUCACCUAAAUAUAAAAAUAUGCUGAUUCCUGACCCGACUGAUCCUGAAACAGUCCUGAGCUUUGCUCGUAUGACUUACGAUGCGUAUUACGAGCCUGAAGACAAGGCAUGGAUUCCAGUGCCUGGCUGGAAUGUAUCUGGUAGAUUCGGAUGGCAAACAAGUGGCAUUCGAGGAUAUGUGUUUGUUGAUGAUACCGAACACUUUUUAGUUAUUGUCAUCAAAGGUACUUCCUUGUCAACUCCCAUUGGAAGCGGACCGACUGCUCAGCUGGACAAGUUAAACGACAAUCUGAUGUUUUCUUGUUGUUGUGCCAAAGGUGGCUGGGGAUGGACUCCGAUAUGCAGUUGUCCAAUCUCGUCAACACAAUGCAGUAACAGCUGCUUGCUCAAAGAAUCAAGCUUUGAGGGUUCCUAUUACAAUUUAGCACAAACCAUCUAUCUUGCAGUAAAAGAGUGGUUUCCAAAUCAUACCAACAUUUGGAUGACCGGCCAUUCCCUAGGUGGUGCAUUGGCUGCUUUGGUUGCUCUCACUAAUGACCUUCCUGCGUUUGCAUACGAAGCACCGGGUGAUCUGUUGUAUGCAUCUCGCUUAGGACUACUUCCUAACUUGCCUGAUUUGACCGAUUUUUUAAACUCCGUUCCUAUAUUUCAUUACGGCAACGAUGGUGAUCCGAUUUUCCUUGGACAAUGCGCUGGAGUCACAUCCAGUUGCUACUGGCUCGGCUACGCACUUGAAACCAAGUGUCAUAUUGGAAAGCAAUGUGUGUAUUCUUUUAAUGAAGCCCAGAAAGAGCUCUCGCCAAACACCUCCGUGUCUGAGUCAUCCAACUCGGAAAGUGGCCAAGUUCACACACAAAGUAGCAUCCGAUACCAUUCUAUUGAUUUUGUUAUUAAAAGAUUUCUAGAAAAUGCACAAAGUGUGCCCAAAUGCGCUAUUCAGCCGGCAUGUCUUGCAACUGAGUGUACUGGCUGGAGUUUUGUCGACUAAUCAAGGAUUGUUUUGAUACCUUGCAAUCUUUUAUGAAACUCUUAUCAUUUUAAAAUACAUCAAUUUACUAU